UUCAUCACUUACGAUUUCUAGCAUUACAUAUAAGAAUACUAAAAAAAAUCUGCUCAAUAUCAUAGGGACUAUACAUAUGGAGAACAAAACUUUCGCUGCCAUCUUCUUGUUUCUCGUGCUUUUCUCAUCUCAGAAGAUUAUAGGGAUUGAGGGAAGGAUGUGUCAAUCGAAGAGCCAUCACUUCAAGCACAUGUGUUGGUCCGACCACAACUGUGCCAUAAUCUGCCGCAACGAGGGCUUUUCCGGUGGUCGCUGCCGUGGUUUCCAUCGCCGUUGCUACUGUACUCGCCUUUGCUAAGCAUUUUGUUUUCUUUUCCAUCAAUCCAUUAAAUGUACGUUUUUUCCUUCUUCUUUUCUUCCCAUUUCGAAUAUCAAUAAUAAGAAAUUAAAAAUAAA